GAGAACAGAGCAUCUCUGUAACUUCUUAAAAACAAAAAGCUUAAAAUUCUCCAAAAGUUUAGCGGUAAUUAGAUAAUGGUCAGUGGGAAUAUUCCUCCGAAGAUUCUCCGAACCGUCCGCCGCCUCAAUUCGGCCGUCACCGCCGCGCCGCUGGCCGGAAAGCCAGUGACAGUACCGGAAAUUGUCAAAACUCCCAGCGCCGCCGCCGAUUCCGCGGCCGGAAUAAAUCUCUCCGAUGCGAAGGAGCUCUUCUCCUCCGUCUCGACUUUCAACCUGCUGAGGUCAUCGCUGACGCUGCAGAUGGCGGCGGUGGCGCCGAUGGUUGAUUUCGGAAUAUGGGUGAUGAAUUCGCGGCUUAUGGAAAAUCCUAUUUUCCGGCGGGCGGCGCUCGCCGUGACGGAGCGUACGUUCUACGCGCACUUCUGCGCCGGCAAGGAUCUGGAGAGAACCGCCGGCACCGUCCAGAAGCUUCGCGACUCCGGUCUCAGCGCUAUGCUCGAUUACGGCCUCGAACACGCCGGCGACAACGAAUCCUGCGACCGGAACCUUCGAGAAUUCGUACGGACAAUCGAUUGGACCAAAUCGCUGGAAGAUCGCAGCGUGAGCUUCGUGGUGGUGAAAAUCACGGCAAUCUGUCCGUCCAAUUUGCUGAAAAGAGUAAGCGAUCUGCUGCGGUGGGAGCACAAGGACCGUUCAUUACAUCUUCCAUGGAAGCUCAAAGCUCUCCCGAUUUUCACCGAUUCAACUCCUCUCUACCACACUCCGACACGGCCAAAUCCUCUUACCGCCGACGAGGAAUCCGAUCUCCAAUCAGCGCAGAACCGCCUCGACACGAUCUGUCAGAACAGCCUCGAAUCCGGCGUGCCGUUGCUCGUCGACGCCGAGGACACGUCAGUCCAGCCGGCGAUCGAUUACCUGACGUAUUCCGCCGCCGUCAAACAUUCCGGCGGAGUCGACAGCCCGCUGCUGUACAACACGAUCCAGGCCUACUUAAAGGACGCCGAGGAGCGUCUGGUCGCGGCGAAGAAGGCGGCGGACGGUUUAGGAAUCCCUGUCGGAUUCAAGCUUGUAAGAGGAGCUUACAUGUCGAGCGAAAACGAGCUCGCCCGUUCAUUGGGGGUGAAAUCUCCGAUCCACGAAACGAUCGAGAAAACUCACGAAUGCUACAAUCACUGCGCAGAGUUUCUUAUGGAAGAAAUCGCCAUGAAAACCGGCGCCGCCGUCCUCGCAACUCACAACAUCGAAUCAUGUAAAUUUGCUGCCGGUAGAGCCGCCGAUUUGGGGAUUGACAAGGACAACCGGAACCUGCAAUUCGCGCAGCUGCACGGCAUGGCGGAGGCGCUGUCGUACGGCCUGAGAAACGCCGGAUUUAGAGUGAGCAAGUAUUUGCCGUUCGGACCAGUCGAUCAGGUAAUACCUUAUCUUCUCCGAAGAGCCGAAGAAAACAGAGGAUUGCUGUCAUCUUCAUCUCUCGACAGACAAUUAAUGAGGAAGGAACUGGUAAGAAGAUUCACAUCUCCUCUGUCUGGAUCCAUCUCAGGGUAGAUUAUAUUUGGCCCAUCUCUCUCUCUCUCUAGAGUCUCCCUAGUUCCUCUCUCUAUAAAUAUAUGUGUGUAUAACUGUGAUUGGGCUUGGGAGAGAUUUAGGGUUUUAGUGGAAUAAACGGACGCAGAUGAUGAUGGUUCUUGUCUGGAUGAAUAAUGUGAUCAUAGUGAAGACAAGACAUCAUUAAAAUGUUAUGUAAGAAUUUGUUUAUUGGUUUUAUGCAAUGAUAGAGUUUUCUUGA